AUGGAGGUUGAGACACGACUAACUCCUUGUUCUAAUGGCCACGAUGACAAAGCUGAAGCCGAGAAUCAGAGCAUUUCAGAGUUGGUUUCGGUGCUGAGAGCGGAGUCUCGUCCUGAGGAUUUCUGCCGAGUCGAAGAGGCUUUAGCAGCGAGAGAAGCAAAAUUGAAGUGA